CCGUGUUAGUCACUGUUUUAAAGCAGGAGUCUGGUGGGGAUCAGGGCAAGACAAAUCCCUCUCGGAGUAAACAAGACUGUACAGGAAUUUCCUAACCUUUUUUUUUCCCCCCAACAAAAUGUGUGUCAGACAGGUUCUUCACUUCCUCCUCUUCUUCAUCUUCCUCCCAGUGCAGCUCUUCAAUUCAAGAUGGCACGGCGUGACGGCCAUCCAAGUGUCUACGUCGGGGAGCGUGCAGGCGGUGAACGGCUCCGAUGUCCGCUUGAGAUGUACGUUCGUAAGCAGCAGCAAAGUAAAAAAAAACACAGUCACCAUCUCCUGGAGCUUCAGGCCGCUUCGGCCCGGCGUUGAGGAGUCUGUGUUCUACUUCUACGAGAAGCCGUAUCCUCCAGUCAAAGGGCUCUUCCGAGAGAAGGUGGUGUUUGUUGGAGACGUUUUGUCACACGACGCCUCCAUCCUGGUUCGGGAUGUGACCUUCAGCUUCAAUGGGACGUUCACCUGCCAGGUGAAGAACCCGCCUGACGUCCAUGGAAACAUCGGAGAAGUCAAAUUCCGAGUUGUGGCUUCAGCUCCUUUUUCAGAGAUUGUGAUUCUGGCAGUGACCAUCGGGGGCGCUGUUUUGCUGUGCAUCGUCAUCCUGGCCAUCGGUAUGUUCCUCCGCAGGUGUCGGAAAUUGAAAAGGAUGGAGCAAGAAAGUCUCGGCGAGAACGAAAAGACCUUGCGGUGUGGUGAGAGAUGAUGGGAACGAUGAACAGGGAGGAGGAAUGAAAGCUACUGAGGUGCUGAAGAAGGGAAGAGAACGGUAUAAGCGAAUCUGCACUUCCUCUCCAGCGCCCCCUGUGGUGCGGAUGCAUAAUUAGUUUUUAUUAUAUUAUGUCGAUCGUUUUUUUGUGUAUGUGUGUUUGUGCCUUCAAUAUUUUUCCAAAUGGACUCUUAUGGAUUUAAGAAUCAAUUUAACUGAAAAACAUUUGACCUUGACAUCAAGGACAGUGCAUCUAAAGCUAGCCAAAUAAAACGCAACAUAACCGCAACUAAUUAUGUACAAAUUAAACGCAUUUAAACCACA